GCACAGCCAUUUUCCAGGCGGCCAUCUCUAGGACAAAAAGUUUGUUGCUUGCAUUGCUUGCAUUUACCAAAUGGGACAAAGUUAUUAUUGUGAUUACUGCGGUUGCUUUAUGAAAAGUGAUUUGAAUGUGCGCAAGCUGCACAACAAUGGCAUAUCUCACACGGUGGCCAAGUACCGCUACAUGCGGCGCUUUGAAGAUCCCGCUAAGAUUUUGGCAGAGGAGCGUCUGAAGAAACCAUGUCAGCGCUAUUUUAAUGGGUACUGCAAGUUCGAUCUAUAUUGCAAUUACGGUCAUUAUAGUGAACCGGAAUUCAAGAAGCUGGAAAAGCUAGUCAGUGCGCAGAAGAAAUCCAAAUCGACUAAGCGAAAACCAAAGAAAUGGCCCUGGAAAACAUACCAUCAGAGUGGUUUACCACCGUCCCUACGUCCAAUGGAAUUGGCCAAGCUGAAGAAAACCAAUUUUGAACUAAACUGGGCCUAAAUGUGUUUACUCUUUAACCAAUUUACAAUUAAUAUUUUAAGAAAUGAAUCUGUACAAUUAUCGUUAACCAUUUAAAAUAAGAAUGACUUUAUCCA